AUGCCUCACGCAAUCGCCUUUAUCGGCCCCUCUAGCGGCUGCGGUCUCGCCGCUCUGCAGCACGCCCUCGCUGCCGGCCACACCUGCAUCGCCCUCUGCCGCGUGCCGUCCAAGCUAUCCGCCCACUUUCCCUCUCCUCCCCCCAACCUCACCAUCCUCACCGGCAACGCACAUGACGCUUCCUCUGUAGCCUCAUGUCUCGUCCACCCCUCGGACCCUACCCGCCUAGUCGACGCCAUUCACGUGUCCGUGGGCGCGCAGCUGGACCUCGCGACGCGCACGCUCUCCGACCCGGACGUUUGCAAAAAGGCCGCCGCGUGCGUGCUCGCCGCGCUGACGAGCCUCCGCGAGAGCGGCGGCCGCACGGGACGCCCGCUGUACACGGCGGUGAGCACGACGGGCAUCUCAAAGUUUGGACGCGACGUGCCGCUGGGGAUGCUGCCGCUGUACAAGUGGCUGCUGGGCGCGCCGCACGCGGACAAGGAGGUCAUGGAGGAGAGGAUGGCGGCGAGCGGCGAGCGGGUGGUGCUGGUGAGGCCGAGCUUUUUAAGGGAUGGGGCGAGGCCGGAGACGAGGAUCCGGGUCGGGGUGGAGGAUCUGGUCAAGGGCGUCGAGAAGAAGGAGAUAGGGUACUUUGUGGCGAGGGAGGAUGUUGGGCGCUGGGUGUAUGAGAAUCUGCUGAGGGAGCCGGAUGAGUGUCAGUACGAGGGUAAGGCGGUAUCCAUUUCGUGGUAA